AUGAUUCUAUCUGCUUCUUGUCUCGUGCUUCUCUCCGUCAUGCUCCUCCUCUUGCUCUCUCGAUGUUCUGAAAUCCGAGUUCUUGAAACCAAGGAAAAGGAGCUCGAGAAGCAUUUCAAUUUUGUGGAUAACCUGUGCUCACAAGUGAAUGAGCAAGAUCUCCAAGCGAUGAAACUAUUAGUGGAUGAUCUCUGCAAACAGACAACGACUGAUGCCAUCCAAUGCGCCAUCGCACGAUUGGAGAGCUGCUGCUCGUCCGAAGGGUCGCACAAUCUACGUAGGUGUUACUCGACGCCUUGGCCAAAGGAGCAAUUCCUGUCGUCAAACUGCAGAGUGCAGACAAAUGCAUGCUCUGCAUUGCAGCAAACAGACAUGCACACUCGAUCUAUCAAUGGUGAACUCAGAUGCAAUUCUUCGCCGACGUUCUGCGAGAGCCCGAGAUCGUACGAAGGUCCAGGAUGCUCACCGAUCAGCCUCUUAGACCCCACGAACACGAGAGAUUACCGUCAUUCUGAUGUUGGCUGUGGAUAUUAUGCCUAUGAGAUGGAGAGCAAGAGUGGCUGCGGACGGGUGAGCAUCAAGAGGAGCAAUUCAUUCUCAGAUGGGACGCAACGAAUGAGGGGCCCUUCGGGUCGCAGAGGAUCAAAGUUUUCUAGCGGAUCCAAGUUCUACGCUCGAAUCAUUGCUAACAGGGCGGCGUUUGAUCACAAAUGCAACUCUUUUUAUUUGUGA